UGUGGUGCCACGUCCAUGUGGCACCCAGGGGGUGACAGUGUCCUGCUGCCACGUCCUGCUGCUCCCCUGCCGAGGGUGCCACCCCCCGCGCACGAUGUCCCCGCGGUGCCGCGUUGCUCUCACGGCCGCGCUGUCCCUGAGCCGCGUCCCCGCUGUCCCCAGGCCCCCCCAGGACAUCAGCCUGGAGGAGUUCGAUGACGAGGACCUGUCGGAGAUCACGGACGAUUGCGGCAUCGGCCUCAACUACGACUCGGACCACUACGAGAAGGACUGCCUGGUGCUGGAGCGCGGGGAGCAGCCGCACCCCGUGUGCACCUUCCAGGACGACUUCCAGGAGUUCGAGAUGAUCGACGACAACGACGACGACGAGGAAGAGGAGGAGGAGGAGGAGGAGGAGGAAGGCAACCAGCUGGAGGCGCCGCCGUCCCCCUCGGCCUCGCCCAUCCCCUCGCCAGCCCUGGAGGAGACGCAGAAGCACCGGCCCACGACCCUGAACCUGACAGCGCCGGGCACGCAGGUGAGCGGGGGCGGCCGCAGGUGCCGUGUCCCUCUGGUGUCCCCUGACCCCGGGGUCACUGUCCCUUCACCCCCGGGGUCACUGUCCCUUCUCCUUUGGGAUCACCGCCCCUUCACCCCCGGGGUCACUGUACCCUCACCCGCAGUGUCACUGUCCCCACCCCUUCAGGGUCACUGUCCCCCCCCCCUUCAAGGUCACUGUCUCUCCCCCUGGGGUCACUGUCCCUUCUCCCCCUGCGUCUGUGUCACUUCCUCCCCCUGCUCCCUGCCCGGCGGGCGGCGAGGGGACGAGCUCAGCUCGCCCGGCUCCGACUCGGACGUGGACGGGGAGCUCGAGGCGGCUUUCGCCGGCGGGCGCCUGGUCAGCAACAUGAUCUCGUCCAUCUCGGAGACCGAGCUGGACCUGAGCAGCGACAGCAGCAGCGGCCGCUCGUCGCACCUGACCAACUCCAUCGAGGAGGCCAGUUCGCCCGGCUCCGAGGGCGAGCUGGAGCCCGAGCUGGAGGCGCCCGGCCUGCUGGGCAUCAAGGACUCGCUGCUGCUGGACAAGGGCAAGGAGGACGAGGAGGAGCCGGCCGAGAGGGGCCCGCCGGAGCGCGGCGUGGUCAGGAGGGAGAGCCUGGCCGAGCUGAAGAUGGACGCCUACUACGACAGCCUGGACCCGGCCGACGGCCCCGCGCCCGAGGGCCAGACCGACGUGUCCAGCGCCAGCCCCCUGGACCUGAAGAUCGACCCCGACCACAGCCUGGAGAGCAUCCGCCGCUCCUUCUACCUGCCCGUGGGGCCCAAGCUGAUGCCCGAGGCGGACGAGGAGGACAACAGCGAGUACGACUCGGACUCGGAGUCGGAGCCCGACCUGAGCGAGGACUCGGACUCGCCGUGGCUGCUCAGCAACCUGGUGAACAAGAUGAUCUCGGAGGGCUCGUCCCCCCCCUCGGCGGCGUCGCGCCGGGCCAGCCCGGCCGGGGAGGCCCCGGAGCCGCCGGAGCCGCCGGCGCUGGACGAGUCGCUGGCCUACGACUCGGUCAAGUACACGCUGGUGGUGGACGAGCACACGCAGCUGGAGCUGGUCAGCCUGCGGCGCUGCACGUCCGUGCUCAGCGACGACAGCGACAUCCUGCGCGCCUGCGACGACGAGGUGGCCUUCGGCGACGGGCUGGUGGCCCCCGACGCGCGCAGCUCCUCCGAGGACUCGUCCCCCGAGGCCGACCUGCAGUUCUCCAAGAAGUUCCUCAACGUCUUCGUCAACAGCACCUCGCGCUCCUCCAGCACAGAGUCCUUCGGGCUCUUCUCCUGCAUGGUGAACGGCGAGGAGCGGGAGCAGACCCACCGCGCUGUCUUCAGGUUCAUCCCGCGCCACGAGGACGAGCUGGAGCUGGACGUGGACGAUCCCAUCCUGGUGGAGCUGGAGGAGGACGAUUACUGGUACCGGGGUUACAACAUGCGGACGGGCGAGCGCGGCAUCUUCCCCGCCUUCUACGCACACGAGGUGGUGGGGCAGGCCCGCGACGCCAUCGGCCUGAAGAGGAACCCCUGCUGGGUGGAGCGCUUCAACGUGCAGUUCCUGGGCUCCGUGGAGGUCCCGUACCACCAGGGCAACGGGAUC